AUGGUGCAGGCCGGAGCAGAAGCGCCAACUACACCGGGAGCUUUGUCAGGAAUCCGAGUGUUGGACUUCACCUGGGUCCGGGCGGGUCCCUGGUGCACCCGAUGGCUGGGGGCGCUGGGAGCCGAGGUUAUCAAGGUUGAAUGGCCCCAGAGCCCCAAUACUCGGGGCAACAACAUUGCGACGGGAGCGGGUACCCCCGAGGGCCUGCCCGCCAAUCUCAACACCAACGGCCAUUUCAGCGACACCAACUCCAACAAGCUGAGCGUCACCCUGAACACCCGUACACCCCGAGGCAUUGACCUUACCCGGCGCUUGGUGGCCAUGUCCGACAUCGUCAUCGAGAACUUCGCCUACGGUGUAUUGGAGCGGUGGGGUCUGGGCUACGAGGAUAUGAAGAAGCUCCGGCCUGACAUCAUUUACCUCUCCAUGUCCGGCUUCGGCCACACGGGUCGGGACCGAGAGUAUCAAACCAUGGGAGCCAUUGCGCAAGCCCUGUCCGGUUUGACCUACACGUCGGGCCUGCCGGACAAGCCACCCGCUGGUUGGGGCUGGUCCUACCUGGACGACACCGGUGGCUUAUACGGGGCCAUGUAUGCUCUGAGUGCGAUUUACCAUCGCAACAUGACCGGUCAGGGACAGCAUGUCGACAGUUCCCAGUGGAUCAUUGGCGUCCCCCUUAAUGGUCCCGCUUUUCUGGACAUCCAGGCCAACGGUCGUUCCACCAUGCGAGAGGGUUACCCGCCGGGCAACCGCGCUCACUGGCCUGGCACGCCCCUGGUGAACAACUACCGGGGGCGGACCGGGGCGCCGCACAACGCUUACAAGACCAGUCCGGCAGAGUACAACGACUGGUGUGCCCUAGCCUGCUUCUCUGACUAUGAGUGGCGGCAGUUAGUGGGGGUAAUGGGCUCUCCCAGUUGGGCCACCGGCGAGAAGUUUGCCACCCUUGAAGGUCGCCUGGAGCACCAGGAAGAGAUGGACCAGAGGAUAGAGGCGUGGACCAAGACUCUGGGCAAGUACGAGAUCAUGGAGCGGUGCCAGGCGGCGGGAGUACCCGCCAUGCCCGUUCAAAGCAGCCAGGACCGGGUGGACAACGAUCCCCAGCUCAGGCAUCGAGAGAUCUACCGGGACGUGAUGCAUCCCGCGCUGGGGACCUGGCCCCUUCAGAACGCUCCCUUCAAGAUGUCGGAGACGCCUGCAAUCAACAGCCGGUCAGGUCCCCUGAUCGGCGGGCACAACAAAGAGGUGUUUCAGGGGUUGUUGGGCAUCAGUCACGAGGCCCUGGUGAGCGGCUUCGCCGACGGCACCUUCUGGCCACAGGACCUCAGUAUGGAAGAUUAUCCCUACUUCAACGAGAUGAUGGAGGAUGCCUCGCCCGUACAGUGGAGUGGGAAUGAACCGAUAGCGAAUCCCGCGCCGGCGCCGGCGCGGACGCCGGACCGGAACUCUGCGGGGGCCUUUGGGGGGCUGCGGGUGCUGGAGCUCGCCGAUGAGAAGGGGCAGUGGUGUGGCAAGCAGAUGGCUGACAUGGGAGCAGACGUCAUCAAGAUAGAGCCGCCCGGUGGCGAGGUAGCCCGGACCGUGGGGCCCUUCUACCAGGACAUACCGAAUCGGGAGAGGAGCCUUUACUUCUGGCAUUACAACACCUCCAAGCGGGGGGUUACCUUGAAUCUGGAGAUGGAGGACGGGCGCCGGCUGUUCCGGCAAAUGGCGGAGAAGGCGGAUGUGAUACUGGAGACCUUCAGGCCCGGUUAUCUGGCCUCCCUGGGGCUGGGGUACGAAGAUCUAGCAAAGAGUAACCCUGGGCUGAUUAUGUGCUCACUGACCCCCUUUGGGCAGACCGGGCCGUGGCAGGACUUCCAGACCAGCGACCUGCUGCAUCUGGCGGCGGGCGGACAGAUGGCCAGGUGUGGCUAUGAAGACGACGCGGUGCCAGAUGCACCACCCAUCGCUCCCGGAGGAGGGCAGGCUUGGCACAUCGGAAGUCACUACGCCUACAUCGCCAUUACCGCGGCGCUGGUUAGCCGGUCGGUGACGGCCCGGGGGCAGUACAUAGAUGCCUCGGUGCAUGAUGCCUGCGCGCUCACGACCGAGGGCCAUGUGAACCAGUAUAUUUACAAAAGAGAUGUGAUUCCUCGCAGAACAGGAGGUGGCAACACCGCCACUGGGCCCAACGCCCAGGUCCUCUGUAAGGAUGGAAAAUACGUGAAUGUCGGUCAGGUUACCCCGGAGCGGGUGCUGAUGCUUGCGCCGUGGAUGGAUGAGCACGGCUUGGCGGGCGACCUACUGGAUGAAAAGUACCGGGAUCCCAACGGUCAUCGCCGAGAGCCAGUCACAUAUUCGCGGAAUUUUCGUAAACUUCCUCGCCAACAUCCCUCGGGACGAAGCCUACCACGGCUUGCAGAAGCGUGGCUCCAACACAGGGGCGAUCCGUUCCCCGGACGAGGUCAUGCAGGACCCUCACCUGGAGGACCGGAGGUUCUGGACAGAUGUAGAAUACCUGGAACUUGGCAAGACAUUUCGACACCCAGGCCCAGGGGCCAUCUUCAACGGCUCACCCUGGAGGAUAUCCCGGCGUGCGCCUCUCAUCGGGGAGCACAACGAAGAGGUCCUGUGCGGGGAGUUGGGACUAUCUAA